CAAGCGCCGCGGCUCUGCCAGCUCUCCGGCUCUCAUUGAACAUACAUCCCAGGCUGGGGAGAGCUGUGACUGGUGGGGCGGAGAUUCAUUGCACCGUACACUGGUGCAGGAACUGCGGGGACGGGGCAGCCUUCCUACCCGGGAGAUGCAAGCACUGUGUUUUCUCCAUGUUCCUGGAAAAUCAAGAUUUGAGGAUAUCUUAAAUUAAACGGGUGAGCCAGCCAGUUUCAGAAACGGAUUAGCUCCAGCAGCUGAGGUGGACUGAUUAUUAUGUCGUCUGUGAAGAUCAUGGAAUGUGAGCUUCGGAGUGGUCCAUUUUUAGUUCAGCACCCUGGGUAACACUCCCUGAGUAACAUUUUAAGAGAACUGGGCCCUACAUUUCAACAAAGGACACCAUGAUAAAGAGAUUCUGAAGUUGAGAUAUCAUUGAAAAUAUCAAGACUUUCUAGUGAUUUCCAGAUGUCUGAUCAUUCUCCUUCUGAUUGUCAUCUACCAUUUUGAUGAUGCUGAAUGCGACUCAUUAGGAAGGUGUCCAUGACAAGUUCCAUAGACCUCCACUCAGAAGCCUCCUGGUAAAGACCUAAGAUAAUUAUAGGAGCCUACUAAACAAAAUGGGGCAGCAGCAAAUUAUUGUCCUUGCACUAUUAGCGGUGAUCAUCGCCCCUUUAAUAGAAGCAAAUCUUCCCCUCUUGUCCAAGCAACGCCUUAAAGGAAGAUUCCAAAGGGACCGUCGGAAUAUUCGUCCCAACAUUAUACUUGUUCUCACUGAUGACCAAGAUGUUGAACUUGGCUCUAUGCAAGUGAUGAAUAAGACAAGGCGUAUUAUGGAGCAAGGAGGUACCCACUUCAUCAAUGCAUUUGUGACCACGCCAAUGUGCUGCCCAUCACGUUCCUCUAUCCUCACUGGGAAGUACGUUCACAACCACAACACCUAUACCAACAAUGAGAACUGCUCAUCUCCAUCUUGGCAAGCGCAACACGAGGCACACACAUUUUCUGUCUAUCUGAAUAAUACUGGAUACAGGACAGCUUUCUUUGGCAAAUACCUUAAUGAAUAUAACGGCUCCUACGUUCCUCCUGGCUGGAAAGAGUGGGUCGGACUUAUUAAAAAUUCUCGGUUUUAUAACUAUACUCUUUGCCGGAAUGGGGUAAAGGAAAAACAUGGAUUUGACUAUUCUAAGGACUACUUGACGGAUCUGAUUACAAACAACAGUAUAAACUUCUUCCGGUCUUCCAAGAAAGUGUAUCCUCAUCGCCCUGUGUUGAUGGUUAUAAGUCACGCUGCUCCCCAUGGUCCUGAAGACUCAGCACCUCAGUACUCACAGCUGUUUCCCAAUGCUUCUCAACAUAUUACACCUAGUUACAACUAUGCACCAAACCCAGAUAAACACUGGAUAAUGAGGUAUACCGGCCCCAUGAAGCCCAUCCAUAUGGAAUUUACUAACAUGUUGCAGAGAAGGCGACUUCAGACCCUCAUGUCUGUGGAUAACUCAAUGGAGUUGAUUUAUAACAUGCUUGCGGAAACUGGAGAACUGGAGAACACUUAUAUCAUAUACACGGCAGACCACGGUUACCAUAUUGGUCAGUUUGGAUUAGUCAAAGGGAAAUCGAUGCCGUAUGAAUUUGACAUCAGAGUUCCAUUUUAUGUUCGUGGACCAAAUGUGGACUCAGGUUCUUUGAAUCCUCACAUUGUGCUCAAUAUUGACCUUGCACCAACCAUCCUAGACAUUGCAGGCUUGGACAUCCCAGCAGAAAUGGAUGGAAAGUCAAUUCUAAAACUUCUGGACACAGAAAGACCCCUCAAUAGGUUCCAUGUUCAUAAAAAGGUUAAGGUAUGGCGAGACUCCUUCCUGGUGGAGAGAGGAAAACUUUUGCAUAAGAGGGAAAAUGAAAAGGUAGAUGCACAAGAAGAGAACUUCCUGCCAAAAUACCAGCGUGUCAAAGAUCUGUGUCAGAGAGCGGAAUACCAGACAGCCUGUGAACAACUAGGGCAGAAGUGGCAGUGCACUGAGGAUUCAACUGGCAAGCUUCGACUCCAUAAGUGCAAGGGCAUGGCUAACAUGGCAGCCGCUCCCAGCAGCAACAAGUCACCAAAUCUCAUGUCAAAUUACUACAAUACUGACAGCGACGAGUGCAACUGUGAUGGAAUCGGCUACAAGUUGGCAUCUCUGGGGCGCCGCAAGAAACUGCUCACUAAGAAAAAGUAUAAGGCAAACUACAUGAGGAAUCGUUCGGUUCGUUCUGUGUCCAUAGAAGUAGAUGGGAAGGUUGUCAGUUUGGGCCUAGAGCAGGAGUACCAACCAGUGCUGAAGAACAUCACCAGGAGACAGCUGUCUGACUUAGAUGAUGAUGAGGACAAAGAUACUGAAGAUUUCAGUGGGACCGGAGGACUGACCAAUGAGCUUAUAGUACCCAGUUCUAUUAAAGUGACCCAUCGAUGCUUCAUUUUGGCAAAUGACACAGUUAAAUGUGACCUGGACCUUUACAAGUCUCUGCAGGCCUGGAAGGAUCAUAAACUUCACAUCGACCAUGAGAUUGAAACUUUACAGAGUAAAAUUAAAAACUUGAGAGAGGUUAGAGGUCACUUGAAAAAGAAGAGACCAGAAGAGUGUGACUGCAGCAAAGUCAGUUUUCAUAUCAAACAUAAAAAGGGGAAACUGAAAACCAAGGGGACAGAAAUUCAUCCUUUCAAGAAAUCGUUGAAAGAAAAAGACAAGGUCUGGUUCCUGCGUGAACAGAGGCGUAAGAAAAAGUUGCGCAAACUGCUUAAGAGGAUUAAGAACAAUGACACAUGCAGCAUGCCAGGCCUGACCUGCUUCACUCAUGAUAACCAGCAUUGGCAGACUGCCCCGUUCUGGACACUGGGACCUUUCUGCGCCUGUACAAGUGCCAACAAUAACACUUAUUGGUGUCUGAGAACAAUUAACGAGACACAUAAUUUCUUGUUCUGUGAAUUUGCCACGGGCUUCUUGGAGUAUUUUGAUUUGAACACAGACCCAUAUCAGCUGAUCAACGCUGUGAACACACUAGACAGAGACGUCCUCAAUCAGUUACAUGUGCAACUCAUGGAGCUGAAGAGCUGUAAAGGAUAUAAGCAGUGUAAUCCCAGGACCAGAAGCGUAGAGCUUGGUCUCAAAGAUGGAAGUUAUGAGCAGUACAGGCAGUUACAACGUCGAAAAUGGCCCAAAAUGAAGAGACCCUCAUCUAAGUCUUUGGGACAGCUAUGGGAAGGAUGGGAAGGAUAAUUCCACAAAGUAGGAUAUCAUUUGCAUAGAACUUGAAUCUUUGUACAAACUUGAAAACGACCUUCACAUUUUUUUUAAUAAAGACUAUUCUCCAGGGGAAGGACUGAAUGGAUAUUUGGUAGAUAGUCUAAAUUCUUUGUGACUAAUGACGUGACCAGAGAUGCUGGUUCCUCUCUAAAAGCUCACUGCUUGCAAAUGCUUCUCCGCUUCAUUCAUUCCUGCUGCUGCUACUGAAGAGAUCCUUCUUUCAGUGCACCACUAUCUUCCUUAAAUCUGACAAGAAGCACAAGCAGUACUGCUUCAGCCUCAAAUUGCUGGUGCCACUCAUUAUAAAAAAAAACAAAAAAAAACACUUUUUUUUUCUCGCCAUAUCAGCCUGUGUGUGGGAUCUACAUUACAGUGUUUUUAAUGAAUAUCCUGAGAUGAGAAAGCCAAUAUGGAACAGUGAUGGAAAAAAAGCAAUUGUGAAUAUAGCACUACAGCUAAAGUGUGGUAAAGAGAGAGAUUCAGAGCUUCGGAAUAUUGUGUAAAUAUGUUCACCUGUCCUGCUGCUGGGGGGACUCAUGUGGUAAAAAAAUACAUCUCUGAAUAUUAAAUUGUUACUUUUUGUUGCAUAAUAAAAUUUCAUAAUGGA